AUGGCCGCUCACGCACCUCCAGCCGAACCGUUGCUGGUUGUCCUAGGCUCGACAGGCACGGGCAAAUCCGAGCUGGCCGUAGAACUGGCAAGGCGGUUCAAGGGCGAGAUUAUCAACUCUGAUGCCAUGCAGCUUUACGAUGGUCUGCCCAUCAUCACAAACAAAAUCACCCAGGAGGAGCGCCACGGCAUCCCGCACCAUCUCCUGGGCCACAUUCCGCUGGACGACGCUCCGUGGGACGUAGAAGACUUCAAGACCGAAGCCACCAAGGUGAUUCGCGAAAUCCGCAGCCGUGGAAACUUGCCCAUUCUCGUGGGCGGGACUCAAUACUAUGUUGACCCCCUUCUCUUCAAAGACGUCAUCCUCGAUGAUGUGAAGGCGGAUCCCUCUCUAUCAUUUCCCAUUCUGGAGCAGCCCACAGACGUGCUGCUGGAAGAGCUGAAGAAGGUUGACCCGAUCAUGGCGGAGAGGUGGCACCCGAACGACAGACGCAAGAUCCAGCGAUCGCUCGAGAUUUAUCUGCAUACGGGCAGACCGGCAUCCGAGCUGUAUGCCGAGCAGGAACGGCGCAAAGCUGCAGCCGCUCAGGAAUCAGGGACCAGCCAGCCCUGGGAGAAGUUGCUCUUCUGGGUCUACUCAGAGCGCGAGACCCUCACUGCGAGACUGGACAGCCGAGUGGACAAGAUGCUCGGCGCCGGGCUGUUGGAUGAGGUCCAGGAGCUGUUCGACAUGAAACGGCGCAAGGCCGCUGAAGGACAAAUCCUGGACAUGACAAAGGGCAUAUGGCAGUCGAUUGGUUACAAGCAGUUUGAGCCAUACAUGUCUGCCAAAGAAGAGGGCAAGGACCCAGCCGAACUCGAAAAGCUCAAGGCCAGCGGAUUGGAGGAUAUGAAGGCGGCAACGCGCCGGUACGCCAACUACCAGACCCGAUGGAUCAGGCUGAAGCAGAUUCCACGCCUGAAGGAGCAAGGCCCCGGCGCCGUUAGCAGCUUAUACUUGGUCGACAGCACCGACGUCUCGCAGUUCAAGGCCAACGUGGUUGAGCCCGCCGCCGAAAUUACCGCCAAGUUCCUCGCUGGUGAGCCCAGGCCGACACCCAUCGAGCUAUCAGACGUGGCCCGCGAGGUGCUCACGCGAGUGUCUGAGCCUCCGCCCAGGGAGACACCGUCGAAGAAGACGUGCGAGAUAUGCCAGACGGUCUGUGUGACGGAGCAGGCCUGGCAGAGGCACAUCAAGAGCGCCGCGCAUAAGCGAGUCAUGAAGAGGAAGAAGAGGCUGGCCCUUGUGCCGGUGGACAAGAGUUCGGACGAGCACUCUGAUGCGGAAGCGUCAUCGGAGCCCGAUGUAACCGCACUCUUUGCUACUUGA